AUGAAGGCUCCGUUGUUCCUGGAGGACGUGGUCAUCUUCUUCACCCAGGAAGAGUGGCCUUUGCUGACUGUCGCUCAGAAGAAACUCUACAGGGACGUGAUGAUGGAAAUCUUGGAAAACCUGGACUUCAUAGGUAACUUCCUGUUACACAGCAGAGUCCACACAGGAGAGAGACCUUACGAGUGUCACGACUGUGCGAAGACCUUUUCCCAAUCCAGUCAGCUCACGUUACAUCGAAGAAUCCACACAGGAGAGAGACCUUACGAGUGUCACGACUGUGGGAAAACGUUUACGCAGUCAAGUCAGCUCACCUCACAUAGAAGAAUUCACGCAGGAGACAGACCUUACGAAUGUCAGGAAUGUGGGAAAAUAUUUUCCCAGGCAAGUCACCUCGCUCUCCAUAGAAGAGUCCACACGGGAGAGAAAGUGUACGAAUGUCAGGACUGUGGGAAAACGUUUUCACGAUCAAAGUACCUCACGGUGCAUCGAAGAAUUCACACAGGAGAGAGACCCUUUGCAUGUCAGGACUGUGGAAAGACAUUUUCCCAAUCCGGUCACCUCACUGUACAUAGAAGACUUCACACAGGAGAGAAACCUUUUCAGUGUCAGGAAUGUGGGAAAACAUUUUCGGACUCAAGCCAGCUCAUUUUACAUGGAAGAAUUCACACAGGCGAGAGACCGUUUGAAUGUCAGGACUGUGGGAAAACAUUUUCAGAAUCACGUCAGCUCACCUUCCAUCGAAGAAUUCACACAGGAGAGAGACCUUACGAAUGUCAGGACUGUGGGAAAACGUUUUCACGCUCAAAUCAGCUCACGGUGCAUCGGAGAAUUCACACGGGAGAGAGGCCUUACGCGUGUCAGGAAUGUGGGAAAAGAUUUUCCCAGUCGUGUCAGCUCACUGUGCAUAGAAGAAUCCACACGGGAGAGAGACCUUUUGAAUGUCAGGACUGCGGGAAAACAUUUUCCCAAUCCGGUCGGCUCACGUUCCAUAGAAGAAUCCACACAUGA